AUGCUUCAAAUCCUGUGUGUAGCUGAAAAGCCUUCGGUUGCGCGGCAGUUGGCGGCCAAAUUUCUGCGGCUGAGCUCGAAUGAGUGUAUGCGGCUCGCGGAAAACUUGUACAACCGCGGCAUCAUCAGCUACCCGCGCACGGAAACCGACGCAUUCUCCGGUAUGGUGCUGCCGGUCGCAGGUCUGAAACUGGUGGAGGGCGUUACUACGCCGCCGAAGUCGCUGGACGAAGCAGGACUGCUCGUGUUACUAGACCGGUACGGAAUCGGCACGGACGCGACCAUGCAUGAACACAUCAAAAACGUGAUUCUUCGGAACUAUGUCGAGAAAAAAAGCAACGGCCAACUUGUUCCUACGAAACUGGGUUUCGCGAUCUCCUUGGUGUUUGCGCGCCACUUCCCGGACUUGAUUAGCGUUUCGAUUCGCAGCAAGCUCGAAGCGCAGGUGAAGGCGAUUGCCCACUCUACUUGCCAUGUCAUCGCUUCACUCGGUGAACGCGAGAGCGGACGUGAUUUCGCGCGACGAGGUAGGUCGAUUUGCGCGAGAACGCAGGCGCUGGUGCUCAAUGCGAUGGCUGCCAAUAGUUUGAAGAUUCUAAUUGCGUCGAGCCUCGGGCCGAAGGGCAGGUUCAAGACGUUGGUCUCGGGCGGCGGCGAGCUCGAGAUCACGAAGGACGGAAACUGUAUGCUCAAAAACAUGCAGAUCCAGCACCCAACCGCGGCCAUGCUCGCGCGCGCCGCCGUCGCACAGGACACCGUCACAGGCGACGGGUCGUGUACCGUAAUACUGUUGAUCGGCAGUUUGCUCGAGCAGGCACGUCGUUACUACUUCGAAGGCAUUCACCCGCGACAUCUCUCGGCGGGGCUCGACUUCGCUAAGCAGGCGGUGCUGAAGUACUUGGACGAAUUUGCGGUCGCGCAGAAGCUCAGCUGCGAGUCGCGCGACCUGCUCUUCAACGUUGCAAGGAGCUCGCUGUGCACGAAGGUGAAGCCGACGAUGGCGCAGACGUUGGCCGGUAUCAUCGUGAAGUGCAUUCAUUGCCUGUGCCAGCAGCCAGGCGAGGCGGAAAGCUCCGAGAGCUUGAUUCCGCUGGACUUGUACAUGGUGGAGGUGCUUCCGAUCAAGGUCGGCACCGACCCCGAGGUCGAGUUCUUCCGCGGCAUGGUGAUGGACCACGGCUGUCGCCACCCUGCGAUGCCGACGAGUUUGGAGAACUGUUUUGUGCUGACGUGCAACGUUUCGCUUGAGUAUGAGAAAACAGAAGUGAACUCGAGCUUUGUGUACAGCGACGCGAAGAGCCGCAGCGAACUGGCGCAGGCGGAACGCUCGUUCACGACGAAGAAGGUGCAGCAGAUUAUUGACCUCAAGCGUCGGCUCUGCACGGCCGAGAACGGCAAAAACUUCGUCGUCAUGAACCAGAAGGGCAUUGACCCGGCCGCGCUCGAAAUGCUCGCGAAGGAGCGCAUCAUGGCACUGCGCCGCGUGAAACGCCGCAACAUGGAGCGCAUUACUUACUGCUGUGGCGGCAGUCCGGUGAACUCUGUCGAUGGCUUGCAGGAAAGCGACUUAGGAUUUGCCGAGAGCUGUUGGGAAAUCAGUCUUGGCGAUGAGAAGUACACAUUUUUGAAGGGCCGCAAGAAUCCGCGUAGUUGCUGCAUAGUGAUCAAGGCCGCGGCGACAUACGAAGUCUCGCGCAUUAAGGAAGCUAUUCGCGACGCGUUGCGCGCCUGCAAGAACGCGCUCGACGACCAGAAGUUGGUUCCCGGCGCCGGUGCGUUCGAGUUCGCUGCUGCGACUCACUUGCAGACGCUAGCCGCCGAGCAGCCGCUGGGCAAAAAUGCGUAUGGCGUGCAAAUGCUUGCCGAAAGCUUGCUCGCUGUGCCGAAGGCUCUGGCGCAGAACGCGGGAUUGAACGCGCAAGACAUGCUGCAGCGAAUGAAGGAAAAAGCGCUCGCCAGCCGCGGCGCGACGCCGCGCGAGUUCGUGGGCCUCGACCUCGACUCCGGGCGCGUAAUGGACCCGACGCUCGAGGGCGUGUGGGACGGCUACUCGGUCAAGAAGCAAACUGUCAACCUGGCCGUGCUGUUGGCGCAGCAGCUCGUGCUGAUUGACGAAAUUAUCCGGGCAGGCAAAAACAUGAGCCCUGCGCAGCAGUCUUAG